AUGGCGAAACGCAAGGCACCUGAAGAACUCUCCACUAAUUUGAAUACUAUCAAAGCUCGCAACCGCGUCUCCAACCUUACUGAAGAUGAGAAGGCUGUUCAUUUAGCACUCAAGGCUGACCAUGGCGAUCUGAGCUACUACUUAAAGAAGUUAUACAAGUCUGCAAAGUAUAUCGCUGCCUCUGCUGAAGACAAGACACGUCUACAGAAUGAAUUGAAGGUUGAGCGUAUUCGUGUUCGGACUGAAAAGGGCACCCAUGCAUCUUGCAUUGCGAAUCAGAAAGUCAAGAAUACUAGCGCCCCUUCUUCUUCUCCACAAGCCCCACCAUCUACUCCGCCACAACUUCUGUCUGAGCUUGCUGCAUUUGAGGGUAUCACCAGUAUCCCAAUCGAUGACGGUCAUAACAGCGAAUGGGAGGAUACUGAGGUCGAAGACGAUUUAGAGUUGGAGCUUAUGUUACGGCGCGACGAUAUUUUAAAUGACGAGGCUGUUCUACCAGAUGAGCUUUCUGAUGAAGAGAUCGCUAGCAUCCAGGCUCUCUUAACUCAAGCACGCAUUGAUGCCCAUGAAGAGUCCAAUUUCCGCAAGUGGCAACAUUUCUGGGAUAGCUGUAUCCGCUCAUAUACGAGAAAGGCUGGAAAGCUGAGAAAGAAGCCUGAGCAUCUCUUUGAAUAUAUGCCAUGGAUUGAUGUAGAAGAAGGCACUUUUCACAACGUUAUCCCACCACAUAAAUAUUUCUGUUUGUACGAGCAGGCAGUUUGGACAAACUUUACAGCUUGGAAGUUUGGAAAGUGGGCCCAAUUACCAGGACCUGCGCAGUGGUACCCAAAGUCUUACAAUCUUGUCGACAACGGAUGGUUACAAGUCUCCACUCAUAGUUCUAGCUUCAAAGAGGCGUUCUUACUUGUCUACUCUAAGAAAUUUGAUAAGGAAAAGUGGGCUAAGGUAUCAGCUGCACAGGAUAUGUUGUUUCUGGAGUUAGAGUAGAGGAGAGAAAUGGAGUAUUUGAUUUUCCGACGCGAAUAGGGGCUAUAGAGAUUUAAGUAUUUCAUCGUAGCCAGACUUCUGGUAAUCUUCUGAUAAUCAAACAAUUUGCUACUUGCCAAAUGUCAUCGCAAUAUUCAGAGUUGUUUGACUCUGACAAUCCUAUUUCUAAUAUAUUCUCAGACUCUCUUCCCUCUUCUCAACGACUACCUUCAUUAAAUCAAAUCCCUGCGGGCCUCGAAUAUACUGGCAAAUUAAACCAAUUCAUCAAAUGGACUAAGGAUACACACG